AUGAAGGCUGCCUGCGUGAAUCCCGGCUCGUACGGGAGCUCGAGAAGCAGUCGUAAGGAGAGUCGACGGGAACAGCACUUCUAUCGCUACUAUGGUCCCCUACGGCAGAUGUCAGACCGCGGGCCAAAGUUCUGCGACGUACGGGAUCCUGUGGCCAGGGCACGGCAUCAAGCCGUAUCGAGUCCCGACAAGAUUCUGACGGCCUUUUGUCAACUGGGUGCUCUGAGGUUGAAAGCUCGCCGCUGUCUAGUCUUCUUUUUCGAUGUCACCAGGGCCUAUGUAAUGGCUGAGGCAACGCAGACACUAUCACUCGAGAGUGAUUCGACCCAUGGUCCAGGCGAUGAGCUUUGGCUGGGCUAUUCCACCAUUCCACGUGACAUCGCUUGUUGCGAAAUCACCAUCGGGCUCCCUCAUUCUCUUGCCGUCGACGCCACCGAAUAUGACAGAAGUAAGAGCGCUUUCGUCGUCAACGACUUGACCGCGCACCCAGAUCUAUCGAGCAGGGCGUAUGUUACAGAAUAUCCCCAUGGUCGAUUCUACGCUGGAGUUCCAAUUACAACUCCAUCCGGCGUCAAUAUCGGCGCUUACUGCAUCCUCGAUGACAAGCCUCGUGACGGGGUCUCCAGAGAAGACCUGACCUUCCUCCGUGACAUGUCUCAGACCAUUAUGACACAUCUCGAGACGGUGCGUAGCCAUGCUGAGAAACAGCAAAGUAAUCGCAUGGUAGCCGGAAUCCGAAGUUUCAUACGAGGCACGUCAGAUGUGGGACCAGAUGCCUGGGGAGCCACGGAGUGGCAGUCAGAUGCUGGUCAAGUAAAUCCGAGCAUGCAUCACGCAGUCGAAUAUCGCUUACCAGCCACACUGAUCGAUCCACUCGCCACCCCUACGCUGAGCUCGACCUCCGCAACGAGAAACGAGUACUUCUCCUCCGAAGCAUCGUCACAGCAACUGCCCAAGCAGCACAGUGUGCAAAGUGGCGAUAACACCGCCGAGGCCGUCUCUGCCGAUGAUUGGGUCAACACUGCCAUGAGACAUCGAAUGCGAACAAGCACAUGGGACACGUUACCAACGAGUGAUCCACGAAAGCAUUCUCACAUGAGCAGAUUCACGCCCCAAUCGCGAGGGGAAGCCGACCCAAUCAAAAGGACGUUUCAGCGAGGUGCUGAAGUUCUAUGUCAUUGCCUCAGUGUCGAUGGAGUCGCUCUGCUUGAUGCUUCAGUGCGCAUGUUUGGCGGUCUGGGCCAACAUUCAGAAGAAUCCACCGAAGGCAGUUCCCAUGACAGCGAUGAGUCCGACGGAAUGCAUACACAGGCCGACCAACCUGUGGGCGGAUGGCAAGCACAACAAACCAGGCCAUGCCGAGUGCUGGGCUGUGCACAGGCGCUUCCGGACCAUGUCAUGGCGACACAGGGCUCAGAUGCUCAAUCUGCUGUCAAGCUUACAGAGUCGUACUUGCGUGGUCUCUUGCGUCGACAUCCGACAGGCGAGAUCUGGACAUUUGAUCAAGAUCUAAAGCUGGUUACAGAAGACGUGUCAUCAUCUUCAGACGAAGCUAGUGGUGUCAACUUGUCCUCUGGCGCUCCAUCACCGGCAACUCGAAAGCGGCGGAAAGCACUGCGCAGCGAUGCAGAAAUCCUUCAGUCACAGUUUCCCGGAGCACGUUGCAUCGCUCUUCGCGGUAUCUGGGAUCAUACAAGAAAACGCUGGUCAGUUGGAGGAAUUUACUGGUCGUAUGAUCCUCUUAGAAUCUUGACUACUGACGUUGAAAUGCCAUUUGUGGCUGCUUUCAACGAUGUCAUUAUUGCUGAGAUCAGGCGACUCGAAGUCUUGGGAGCCGACAAAGCGAAAUCGGACUUUAUCUCAAGCGUGUCCCAUGAGCUGCGCUCUCCUCUCCAUGGCAUCCUUGGCUCAGCAGAAUUGCUAUCCGGAUAUGCGUUCGAUAGCACAGCCUCCUCUCUUGUGGAACAGAUCAAUUCGUGCGGUCACACGCUGCUCGAUGUCAUCGACCACCUUCUAGAUUUUGCCCACCUCAAGAGCCUUGGAUUGAGGAAGGGCGCUGUCAAGAGCUCCAGAAUUGGCCGAGGUACGCGUUCUAGCGGCUCUAGUGGCCGGAGUCCUCCUGCAGAGGGUGCGCUCGAAAAGCUGGACGAAUCUAUCGCCUUAGAUGAUGUUACCGAGGGUGUUGUUGCUUCAACAGUCUAUUCGUUCUAUUACAACCAAGAUGCCGCAGACCGGACCUACACACCUGUCAUUCUUGACGUCGACUCGCCCGGCGAACCUUCCUGGCGCUGCAGCCUAGCUACUGGUGGCUGGAAGCGCAUCUGCAUGAAUCUGGUGACUAAUGCCCUCAAAUACACGCCCUCAGGCUUCAUCCGAGUCACUCUAAAACAGAAGCCACGACCAGGCUCUCACCGCCGAUCCGAUGCGGUGCUGACCGUUGCUGACAGUGGUAUCGGCAUGUCCACGGAAUUCCAGAAGAAUCACCUCUUUCGCGACUUCUCGCAGGAGGACACUUUAUCCAGUGGCUUGGGACUCGGCAUGCACAUGGUCUCUCGCAUGGUCAGCGCGAUGGGUGGAAGGAUCGAAGUCACCAGCAAUCGCGACGGUACGGGAACGCGCAUUGUUGUGCAGAUCCCUUUGGAUCAUAGCCGACCCCACCAAGAUCGCAACAAUAGCCAUGAGAAGAAGAGAUUUUCCUUGCCAUCCCAGAUGUUCGGAAACCUCAAAGUUGGCUUCUUGAAGGCAAGCAGUCCUCCACCCACCGAUCGCGAGAGUGCUUUAAUCGCAACAGCGUCUGCAAUGGCGCGCGCCUCGGUCAAGAAAAGCCUUCAAUCAAUGGGUGCGCACGUCGAGACUUGCCAACGUGUGGACCAGUCGAACGAUCUCAACAUUGUCGUGGAAGCCGAUCUGGCAGACGUCCUUGCAGAACUGCAACAGAUUUUGGUCGUUGGAAGUCAGGCACUGGCUCCACCGACACUUGUCGUCUGCAUUCACAGUCCUAGCGCCGCUGGGUUGCAAGAAGAAUGGUCAACACACCCAUUACAGCCCCGCGCCGCCAUGGCACACAUCGCUAUGCCCUGUGGCACCCGGCAAAUUGGUCAAGCGAUCCUCGAUCUCUUACAGCUACAGAAUCAACGUGCGCAGCAGGUCUCAAACAAGUCUACUCAUGUCGAAGAUCUUCGUGGCAACGUGCCCACAGAAGAACGCAUCGUUAUGGACCAGAACGUAGCCCACGAUCAAACAGAAAAGCCUUGGCACGGCAUAGUGUCACAUCGAACUACAAGCUCUAUCUAUGAAACAGUCGUGGCCGUCACGCCAUCGCCAGUGGAGGACGAGACACCUGGGUGGUUGUCUCUCCCGUCCACGGCAGGCACGAGCGGCGCAAAUUCAGUCGGCACGCUCUCACCAGAGCUCCUGACGCCCAUGACAGAACAGACUUCCUUAUUCGAACUCUGCAAAAUCAAAGGCCCAACCCUCCUGCUCGUAGAUGACAACGACAUCAAUCUUCGCCUCCUCGUCGCGUUCGCGAAAAAGCUCAAGUAUUCUUACACCACAGCAGUGGACGGAGAGCUUGCAGUCGAUGCAUUCAAGCACGCCCAUAGGAACCGGAGUCAGCACCGCAGCCACUGGCUCCGUGACAACGAAGCCGUCGGCAAUAAGAACGACUCGCAAACAAACAGCGACACCACCACAGUCCGCGACGAAAACAAUGCGGGCGGCGCACCAGGCGUCAUCUUCAUGGACAUCAAUAUGCCCGUCAUGGAUGGCUACGAGGCCGUGCAGCAGAUCCGCGCAUACGAAAAGAGGCACCAUAUGGCGCCGGCGACAAUUAUCGCCGUUACGGCGCUGCAGUCCGAGGCGGCGCAGGCAGAGGCGUUUGGGAGUGGAUUCGACAUUUUCUUGAGCAAGCCGUUGAAGUGGAAGGAUUUGGCGAAGCUCAUGGCGGAGCUCGUGGUAAAAUAG